AUGUUCUUCCUGCUGACAGCACUUCAAAUCUUGGCUGUAGCCAUGGUACAGAGCCAAGAGAAUGAGAACAAGAUAAUUGGUGGCUAUUCAUGCAUCCAGAAUUCCCAGCCGUGGCAGGUGGCCCUACUGGCAGGCCCUGGUCAUCGCUUCUUCUGUGGAGGGGUUCUGCUGUCAGAAGAGUGGGCCAUCACCGCUGCUCACUGUGCCCAACCAAUCCUUCGGGUAGCCCUGGGCAAGAACAACCUGAAGAGAUGGGAAGCCACACAGCAGGUGUUGCGUGUGGUUUGCCAAGUGCCACACCCCCAAUACAACUCCCGGACCUCCAACAAUGACCUGAUGAUGUUACGGCUGGAGCGGCCGGCCCGCCUGGGGAGGGCAGUGAAGCCCAUCGCUGUGGCCCAGUCUUGUGCCAGCCCUGGGACCCUCUGCAGUGUAUCGGGCUGGGGCAGCAUAUCCAGCCCCAAUGUCAGGUACCCCGACUCUCUGCAGUGUGUGAACGUCAACAUCGUCUCUGAUCAGGCAUGCCAGCAGGCCUAUUCCGGAGCCAUCACUCCUGGCAUGGUCUGUGCAGGGGUUCCCCAGGGCGGCAAGGAUUCAUGUCAGGGUGACUCUGGGGGACCCCUGGUGUGUGGAGGACAGCUCCAGGGCCUCGUAUCCUGGGGGAUAGAGCGCUGUGCCCAGCCUGGUUACCCUGGGGUCUACACCAACCUGUGCCGAUACGGAGACUGGAUCCAGGAAACGAUGGGGAACAAGUGA